UCGGAUCCUAACGAUUGGCUGUUGCCUUUAGGCACCAUGAGUUCAAUUAACAUUCAUGUCAGUCCAAAUUUCGAAGCUUUGUGGCUCUACCAAAGUGCGGCUGUGAUAAUCGUCUGCUUUGAUGUAGUUGCAAUUUUUAUGGUUAUUGUUGGAAGCUUGACUUUUCUAACUGUUCAAUUUAAAAUGCUUCAAAGUUACCUAGACAACAUAAUUAAACUUGCCAAGGAAGAAAUGGAGCAAGAUAUGUCCAAUGCUCACGAGUGUCCAUCUUGGAUAUAUUUAAACAAACGUCUAACUGAUGCCAUUAAGUAUCAUUUAGAUAUUAUCGACACAGGGAAAGAGAUUGAAAACAUUCUUCAUGGUGUAUUUUUCUUAUUUUUUAUAUUCACCUUAAGUUUCUUGUGCAUUGAUAUUUAUAGAGCAUCACUGUUAAGCACAGCUGACAUGGAACUACCGGUAAUAAUGAUGGAAUCACUAACAGUAUUUUUUCCUAUUCUGAUUAUUUGUUAUUACGGUGAAGAGUUGGCGUACCAUAGCGAGCAGGUGGGAGUAGUAGCUUACCAGAUGGAUUUUGUCGGUACGGAUCUGCGAUUUCAAAGAAGCUUAAUUUUAUUAAUCGAAAGAAGUCAAGAAGCUUUAAGAAUCAAAGCCGGUCGUAUGAUCGGGGCAUCGAUGGCCACGGCUCUUUGGAUGAUCCGUACCACGUACUCUGCAUACAUGAUGCUUAGAACCGUCAACACAAAAUGA